AAGCGGGUUCUUUGAUUUGGAUAUUCUCUUCUCACAUGGCAUGUAGUUUGAAUUUUACUGAUGCUCUCUGAUAAUUUAACUCGGAGACAUGCAGCUGUCAUAAUAAAGUGAACUUAUUCCCUCACAAUGGAUAUACCAAUGUCUAUUGUCAUUGAAAAGACUCCGUUCGGAUUGGGGUUUACAUUAAAAGAUGAAGGUAAACCAUACGAGUCCACUGCCCUAGUGACUAAAGUUGCUCGAGGCAGUUCGGCGGAGGCAUCUGGCUUAAGAACAGGUGAUCGGAUUGUUGCCAUUAAUCAGAAACCUGUGAAAUCUAUGACAUUCUUAGAAGUUUCCAAUUUCCUCCGAAGUGGCAGCGAUCGAAAUAUUCAGCUUACAUUACUACAUAAAUCUCUUGUUCCUAACCAACCAAUUACUGAUACAAUUAGUGAAUUAUCACCGCUUAAAAUAUUGACUUCAUCUAAUAUCGUUAAUGGUAUUCAAAAUAUGUCUUUGAAAGAUUCCAAUUCUGCAUUUUUAUACACUACUAAUGCUAGUAAUACUACUACUAUUACUACUGAUGUUCAUAAAGAUGAAAUGAAGAUUUCACCUGACUGUACUUCGUCAGUUGUUCCAAUCUCUCAGUUGAAUAAACCGACACCCAAACCUCGAACUACUAUUAAUACUACUACUAAUACUACUGCCAACACUGGUAAUAGUAAUAAUUGUGAAAAGCUGUUUGAUAGUCAAGAAAUUAAGAAAUUGGACAAGUUAUCUAACAAUUUAUUGCAUCCAGUUUUGUCACAACUUCAAGAAUCCGAAUUUGACAAUUCAUCAACGAGUCAUUUACUCUCAGAUGAAUUCUUAUCAUCAAAUGAAGCUCGUAAAGAAAACUCUUGCCCACCUGAUUCAAUUCAGUUGAUGGAUAAUUCUCCGACAGGAACUGAUAAAACACUGACUAAGAUCAAACCCAUCGAUCAUAAUUUAAACACAUUUGAAUCAUCUAAAAAGUCUGGAUUUGAUUCUGUUCGAAUUAUUCGAAAACAUACAAUAGAUCCGUCAAGUAUUGAAGAUGUAAACACAGAUACACUGCCAGUUCGAUUUAUUCGUAAACGUGCCUAUGCUUCUACUCGUCAUCCUGGUCGAUAUGAUCAAGUGAAAACAUUAACAUCAAUGAAUAUCACUUCUACUGAUAACACAAUUAUCACAAGUAAUACUACAGAGAGUCAACCAGUUUCUGUUACAUGUAAAAAUGUCCAUACUUCACCAUGUCAACUUUUACCGGCUGUUAAUGUUUCACAUAAAAAUUCCAUCAAUAAUUACCAACAUAAUACUGAACCUAAAAUAAUUCACCUACCUCGACGUCGGAGCUCUACCAAUAGCGGUAGUGUUGUACAAGGAUUACAUUCAAAACACCAAAUGAAUGUAUCAUGUUUUACUCGUGAUGAUAAUAAUGAUGACGAGCAUGAUUAUUUGCUUGAUAAGCAACCAUUUCAAACUGGUACUCUUAAUAUUGGGCUGUUAGGAAAAGAUGUUUCAAACAUACAUGAAACAAAUAUCUCAUAUUCAUCACCUAAAGAAGAUUCACCUAUGCCAUAUCAUGCAACAUAUACCAAUAAGUCAAAUUAUACUUCUGUUGGUACAUCACACCGAUCCAGUAAAACAAGUUUAUUAAGUUCACGUUUAUGGGCAUCAUUUGAUCAAGAUCAAAAUGAAUCUGUUUCAGAUUUGUGGACACGAGCCGGUGAAAUGUAUCACAUGCUUGAACAAGAAAGUCAACGUUUAGCCAAUAUGAAAACAAUAACGACAACUAAUACUACUUCUACGUCUACCACUACUACUAGAAGUAGUAAUAGUAGUAGCCGUAAAAGUAAAACUCAUCGACAUCCUGGCAUAUGGGAUAAUUAUCAACAAAUGAAUUGUUUUUCUGAUGAUAAUGAUAAGAAUACAGUUAAAAAUCUAGAAUUUUCUUCACAACUACCUUACUAUUCUAGUCCCAUACCUAAUUGUCAUAAAGAUAUGUCUACAAAAGCUGCUCAUUACAACUCUCAUUGUUCGGAAUCGAGUCGUGAUCAUACUACCGUGAACUCGACUAAAAAACGCCUACAGUUUCGUGCUUUAUGCUCAGGUCUACGAUCACAUCGUUCAGAAUCGAAUAUACUAUGUGAUAUGUCUGGAUCAUUUUUGUCACGUCAAUGUUUUUGCAAAAUUCUUGCUAUCGGUGGAUCUGAUAAUAAAUCUUAUUCAUGGAAACCGUAUUACAUGCGCGUAUCUGGUGCUGAAGUGAGAUUUAUCAAAGCAUCUUGGGCAUUUCAUGGGUCUGGACGAACAACCAAAACUUCUAAAAGUAAAAAUGAUAUUAUCUAUCCAAGAAAUAAUAGUUUGGGUAAUCUUCGUGAUAAUUAUUCUUCUCGGGGAACACUGGAUACCUCUAAAUCUCAUGAUGAUUUAAAUGAUGAUUCUAUUACAUAUUAUUAUCCUACAUACAAUACCGAUAUGGAUUGUUCAAACAAUACUAUUAAUGUUAAUAAAUCAUUUAGCUGUAAUGCAUCGUGUUUAAUUCUUCCGAUACCCGGUCUUAUUUGGUGUUCAGAACAAUUGCCUGCCAAUUUCCCUAAUUGGUUACCUCUUGGUUGUAAUUCAAAUCAUAAUAGUAACAGUACUCAAACAUUAACUUCACGAAUAACCAGUGGUAUUAAUAACAAUAAUACUAGUGGAAUUAAUCCUGAUUGGAUGGAUCCUCAUGUUUCUGGUCUAUCUCAACAAAUUUUAUCAGAUCUCAAUGAUUGUUAUAAGUCGAAUACAGUAGAUUUCCAAAGUAAUACUACUACUACUACUAAUAAUAAUAAUGUAAAUAUGAAUGAUGAAGUUAGUUGUCGGUCGAAGUUUCGUUGUUUUCGUUUCGCUCAUUUGACAGCUGGUGUCGAAUUAUUAUUCGUAUUUCCAGAUGAGAAUGCAGCAAUGACUUGUUUAAAAAUGUGUCAGCUUUCUGGUGGACGUGACUAUGAUUGUGUUGUUGAACAGUUAGGUCAUCGUAAUGCAUCUACAUUGACAACGUAUCGUAAAAAAUCCUCAUCUAAUCCAUAUGAAUUAUUUCUCCUCAAAUUAUCAUCGAUCUUAUCUGAAAUCCCAACAAAAUUAAAUCAAAGUUUGUCUCAUGAUUUUACAGUAAAAGGUAAUCAAUAUCGUGUACCUCCUCUAGCAAACAACGAUGAUGACGAUAUGGAUAAUGAUUACACCGGUAACAAUAACCCUGACGAUUUUGAUAAUUCAAUGCAUAGAGAUGUUUUUAUUCAACCAGGUAUUACAAAUUUUAUAACUACUUGUAGCCCUUUCAUCACCAAUACCUAUGGACCAUAUUGUUUAAUGAAAGAUAAAAGACGUCUACAUCGACGUUAUGUUAUUCAUCAGUCAUCGACUGAUUCAGAUUAUUCAAAUGCUAUGGCUGAUGGUGAAGAUGUGAAUUCAAUAAAAUGUAAUAAAUCUGAUGUUGCUAAUAAAUUUCGAACACGAACUCGAGAGAAAAUUGAUUUAGAUGGUAUUCGAUCGGACAACACUGAGACAAUAAUAAACGGUAUCUCCAAUAAUAAUAACAGUAAUAAUCAGACAACGUCUGAUGUAACUCCUAGUAAUAUUAACAACAGCGUUGACGAUAAAUCACAUUCAACUAGUUUAAUUCGUACAAAUAAAAUACUACGCGGAUUCAAACAAUGGCUUCAACGUCCUGUUGGUGUAAAUAAUAAUAAUAUUAAUAGCAAUAAUAAUGCCAGUAGUACCAGUAAUAGUAUUAGUACUAAUGGUCCCUCAGUUGGUUCAAUUAAUUUCUCAACUGCAAAUAAUCCAACCAAUACAAUGAACAACGUUGUCACCUCUACCACUGGUUAUUUUAGUGGUAGCUGUGGAAGUACCACCACCAGCAGUGUAAAUUAUCAUAAUGUAAACAGUAAUAACAAUUGGGAUAUAUCUUCUACCGUGGAUGUUUCACAUUCGGAAUCUCCAAAUAAUGAACAUAAAUUCAGCUCACUAAUGACAGGUAUGUAUACAUAUGUAUGUAGAUAUACAGUGUGUGUGUGUGUGUGUACAUAUAUACCCGUUUUUAUGUACACAUAUAUAAGAACGGUGACUUUAUUUACAAUAAUUUUACUAAACUUGCCAUCUUGCUUUUCUUCCCAGUUUGUAUGACGUACUGACUGUAGUUAGAUCACUACUGAAAACCAGGAAACACUGCAUAGCUGUUUCAUUCUAGUAUUGAAUUUUUCAUCAGUGCACAUGUACGGCCACACAAACGGGAAUCGAACCCAGAUAUCUCAUCUAAAUACUAAGCCUCUAAACCAUGCAAUGGUGUACAUAUCUAAUUUCACUUAAUUCGCGAUAUCACACAACCACCUUCUGUUGCAUUGUCUAAGACAAAAUAACUUCCUCAUACCCAACAUGGUUGGACUUGGCUAGUCGCACCCUCUUACUAGAACUCCUGGAAUUACAUCUAGAAAUAAAAGGUCACCAGUAAGCAUAGAAUUAUUUUUAGUAUGUCGAGGGGGACGGGAGCAGGUUUGUAGAGAUUGUUAAAUUUAGAUAGUUUACAUUUAUGGCUAUGUUUAACUAUGAAGAAUUUGUUUCUUUCUAAUCGUCGCCGUUAUUGUGGUCAUACUAAUACUUCCUAUCUACUAUUUGAUCGUUGCUGAAUUUUAGGCACAUUAUGGUUGGUCAUUAUUGAGAGCGUGUGCGAGUCAGUGAUCGACACUGAGUUAAUCAUAAAACAUUUAUAUUUGUUAUUCAGAAAUACAAUAGACUGUUUUCAUGAUUUAUCCGUUAAAAAUUAUAGCAAUACAAAAAAAUUGAAUUUAUUAGUCUGUGGAGAGAGUUAGCUUCCCCUCUCAAAAUGCUUUCAUAUGACCAUGUGUAUACAGACACUCUCAAGGAAGUUCUACUCACUGGCUUCUCACACCACGAGUAUUGUGUAUGAAAUUAAGAGGACGAAAAGCGAAUAUCUGGUCGGGGCCUAAACCGAGUUGAUAGGUAUGACGGAGGAUCCACCUAGGGGAGUUUGGAAACCCUGACUCCAAACCGUUAGUGUACAUGAGUGAUAUUUUAACUGGUGUAAAAGUGAGUUUAAAAAAUGAACUACCAAAUCAAAGCGUUGCAUCAUUUUUCCAAGUUCUUGAAUUUUUGUUUUAGUACAAUGUUGAUAGCUACAAACUACUGGCUGGUUUACAGCGCUGAGUGACUUGGCUUGUAAUCUGUCACAAAGUCGUAGAUGCAUCCAAUCCUAAUCGUCUUCUAAAUCCUUGAGUUGUAGUGUUCGUUCAUAUAUACCUUUUCAAAAUAUGUUCUCAACAUUUGUCUGUCUUACUAACGUUAUUAACCCUACAUGUGUUUCAAAUCCUUUGCCAUUCAUUAGGUGUAUGAUAUUUCGUGGUUGGAUGACGUAGUUAGAAUGACACAUCUUUAUCUCAAGUUCUUCAUUGAUUACAACUGACUAUUUACCUAAAAACGUUUUCUUUUACCUUAGACUACCUAGUCAUAGUCAAUAGUUAAGGACUUGGGAUGACAUGGGUCAAAAUCGUUCACACUAACGGUAGCGUAUUCUUUCAGAUCCCAUAUCUUCUUCACGAAUAGUAUCUUCGAUGCUUAAUCUUUUCUAUUUUCAUUCAUACUGUUCCUACCUCUGUUACCCCGGAAUUUACCCCAAUAAUUUCUUCUCACUGUACAAAUGGGACGUUUCAAAUCUUGGACUGAUUUACAAUGCAUUUGACUGACUGUAUUUUACUGCAUUAAUUUUUACUAACCCUCAUAAAUGCAUAACACAUUUUGCUUGUAAUUAAUUGAAAUUAACUAACCACUCUUUUUAUGUCACUAUUCCAUUCGACAUUGUUCAAUAGUUCGUUAAUCAUGUUUAUUUUAUUGCCUUAGAAAUAAUAAUUCUGUAAUUAUACAACUUGAUAAGCUAAAUUAUUUUGUAUUUGUAGUUUUCCUCAUUAUCUACCACUAAAUUUGCCACUAUCAUGUCCAACUUUC